CAUAUAUAUUUUUUUAAACAAAUAGAACUCGGUAAAAAAACAGUAAUUUAAUCAACAAAAUCAUAACUUUUUGAAAAAUUAAGGCAUCGUAAACCGUAAACUAUUAAACAAUUAUCGUAGUGAAAAAUUCAAAUUUUUAAACGUAUUGAAAAUUUAAUCAGAAGAAGAAGAAAAAUAAGAAGAAGGGGAAAUAAAUAAACAAUGAUCUGAAAGUACGAAGAACAAGGAUAUUUGCUAAUUUAUAGUUGAAGAUAUAAAGUUGAAGAUAAGAAUAGUUGUUAAAUAAUACGAAAUAAUAUCGAUUAAGAAAUAAUAGUUAAUUCUUGAUACACAAUUAUGAAAGUGAGAACAGCCGUCGCUAUUUUAACUCUCAUUAUUAUACUUGUAAUUGUAUUGUGCCAAAGACAAGAAAAGAAAGAUAAAUCAAUGAAUCAACAUAUGAGUCGUUUGAAGGAUAGAUCUUUUAUGAAGAAACAGCUUGAUUGUGUGUUAGACCGAGCACCGUGCGAUCAAUUAGGAUUGAACAUGAAAACUAUGAUUCCAAAAAUGGUGGUCAACAACUGCCACGAUUGUAGCCCGUCAUUAAGACAAAACUAUGGAAAGUUACGAAAUUUUAUGCAACAGUAUUAUCCAGUCGAAUGGAAUGCUAUAAUUAAACGUUAUUCAAAACGUCCACAUGCUUCUGGUUAAAAUUAGAAUAAUUCGAUUAUUGUAUCUGCAAGAUUGUUUUUUUUACUAUUUUAUAUACAACAGACAUUUAACCAAAAAUUGAUAAUUUGUACGAUUGCUAAUAAGAUGAAUAAAAAAAUUAUUUACUUUUGAUAAAUCCCGUAAGACGUUUAUUGUUUCAUUGCAUCAGAGAAAAGGAAAUUAAAGUGCCGGUAAUCUCCAAAUUUUUCAUUGAAAAAAAUCAUGUUAAUUACUUAUGCGCGUGGUACUAUAUUUUAAGUAAGAAAAAAAUUUUUCCUUAAUUUACAGUGAUAGUAAUUAAUAUAAAUGCAGCACAUACUUUAUUAUUAUUAUUAUUAUUAUUAUUAUUAUUAUUUGUUUUUCUUAUCUUGUUUCAUUUUGCAUACAUAACAAUGGAGAAAUAAUAAUAUACAAGAAAAUGUACAAAUUCUCUGUAAUUUAAAUGAUACAGGCAUAUGUUCUUCUUUUUUAUACAAUAUUUUCUAAAAAUCGAUGGAUCACUUUGCUAUUACAUACACAUCUUAUUCC